CUCACAUUUUUUUAACCUCUCUCUCUCUUUCUCUCUCCUCUGCUUUCAAAAAGAGCGUCGGAGGAGGUUGAAAAACGUGCAGUGCAGAGGCCGAAAAAUGAUAGAAGAACGGCAAGGCGGCGCUCCCCACGGCAUUCUGCUGGCAGUCGUCGUCGCCGUCGUGAUCGUCGUUCCGUUCGUCUUCGGCGACCAAGGCGAGGCCGUCACCGAAGCCAUCUCCGACCUCCUCAGCCCCUUCGGCCUCCUCCUCCUUCCCGUCAUCCUCCUCCUCGCCAUCCAGUUCCUCUCCUCCGACCGCGGCUCCUUCGUCUCCGCCAUCUUCUCCACCGGCGAGCCCGAUUCCAUCCACCGCGUCACUGGAUCGCCCGUCGGCGUCGCUCUCUUCCUCCUCCUCAUUCUCUUCCUCCUCUACAAUCGCAUUUCGAUCUUCGGCGGCGACGAUGACUCCGGCGACUGAAAUCCACAAUGUGUAAAAUAGAUCUGUCUCUUCUGCCGCUUCAUCGCUUUUCGUUUUAGCUUCCAUUUUUUUUUUUUUUUUGCCUGCGAUUUCUUGACCUUUUUUAUGUAUUAUGUAAAGCUUUUUCUUCUUGCGGAAGAACAGGGGAAUUUGAGACUUUGAGUAGACUGUAAUUUACAUGUAUGCCCCUGCUGAAGUCCUCCGAGGCAGGGCUCUGUGAUUGGUGGGAAAAUAUGGAAGUUCCGAAAUUGCCCUUGUUGUCCUCA